AUGUCUCGUCCUGAGCAGAUUGCCCCACCUGAAAUAUUCUACAAUGAUCGCGAAUCAAGAAAAUAUACCGAAUCUACAAGAGUGCAACACAUUCAGGCUCAAAUGACGUUGAGAUCUCUGGAAUUAUUGAACCUUGAUCCUGAAAAAACACAUUUCAUACUUGAUGUGGGAUGUGGAUCCGGUCUUUCGGGUGAGAUUUUAACCGAAGAGAACCAAAUAUGGGUUGGAAUGGAUAUUGCUCCAAGCAUGCUCGCGACUGCUCUUGACAGAGAAGUUGAAGGAGACCUUUUUUUAAGUGAUAUGGGCUGUGGAGUUCCAUUCAGAGCCGGUACAUUCGACGCCGCUAUAUCCAUCUCUGCUAUUCAGUGGCUUUGUAAUGCUGAUAGCACAACAAGCGAGCCAAAAGUGCGAUUAGCUCGCUUUUUUAACACAUUAUAUGCAGCUUUGAAACGAGGAGGAAAGUUUGUUGGUCAAUUUUAUCCGGCAAACGAAAAUCAGAUUAUACAAAUCACUAGCGCAGCCAAAGUGGCGGGAUUUCAAUGUGGAGUCGUGGUGGAUGAUCCAGAAUCCAAAAAGAACAAGAAGCAUUAUUUGGUUUUACAAGCAGGACACAGCGAUCGUCCAUUAAAUUUGGGCAAUAUGGAAGUCGAGUCUACCACACCAAAAAAAGAGAAGAAAAUGAGCAAGAAGAUGAUGAAAGCUCUGGAGACAAAGAAAGAAUACAUCCAUAGGAAGAAAGAGCUGAUGAAGAGACGAGGAAAAACGGUGGCACAAGACUCGAAAUUUACGGGAAGAAGACGGAAGCCUCGUUUCUGA